CCAGCUCUCUGUACUCUCUUUUCUUCAGGUAAACCCUCUUUCUUCCCUGCUCUCAUAGACAUAGCUCCGGUCUGUUUGUGAUUCUGGGUUGUGCUUGUUAAUUGCGCCUUUUCAAAGUUUUUUUUUUUAGAGCGAGAUGGGGGCGAAGGCGAAAAAGGCCAUGAAAAAGCAGCUGAGCAAAGCUGUUUCUGCUUCUGCUUCUGCUCAAAAACCAGUUGCUAGUUCCGCUACUGCUGCUCCUGAUUUCUUGCCAUUAGAAGGCGGUGCUGCGCGUAAGCUCCCGGAAGAGAAGCCGAAGGAAGAUGUUGCCAGGGUUGUAUACAUCAGUCGGAUACCGCAUGGCUUCUAUGAAAAAGAAAUGCAAGGUUUCUUUGGGCAGUUUGGUGUAAUUAAGAGAUUAAGAAUUGUACGCAACAGAAAGACAGGAAAGUCCAAGCAUUUUGGCUUCAUCGAGUUUGAGGACCCUGGGGUUGCGAAAAUUGUAGCUGAAACUAUGGAUAAUUAUUUGUUGUUUGAACACCUUUUGCAAACCCGUCUUAUUCCUCCAGAGAAAGUUCACCCGAAGUUGUGGAAAGGUUGCAACGUUCGAGCCAAACCCUUGAACUGGGUUCAAAUUGAGCGCAAGAGGCAUGAUAAGGAAAGAACAUCGGAAGAGCACAAAAAGCUGGUGGAGAAAAUUAAGAAGAGAGAUCUGAAGCGUCAAAAGAGAAUUGAGGCUGCUGGUAUUGAGUACGAGUGCCCAGACAUUGUCACUAAUGAUCAGCCUGCUCCAAAGAAGAAGAAGUUGCGCCUAAAGUAGGUGGCAUGGGAUUCCCAUCUCAUCCCCUCUAUGUCAGGUUGAUUUGAUAGGGGAGGAUGAAGCACUCUAGUUAUUCAAUCCACCCCCCUAACUGGAAGGAGGCUUUCUGGAUACCUGGAGAUUUUGGUCUUGAGCUUUUAUCUUACAUGUAUCGGUUUGUAGCUUUAUGAUUUCUGACAUUUUCUAUAGUUCAUGUAGUGUAUCCCAAUGGACAAGUUUACAUAAAGUAUCUUUAGUUUUAAAGGUA